CGUCAGUACUUAGUAAGCCUAAAAUAGUGCUUAGGACGUAAUAGAAGUAAGUCGUCUUCCUACCGUUCCCAACUUCCCCUUCAGAUUUAUCGUUUUCGAGAUCGCAUAUUACAAACCAUGCAUCUCCCCUCUAUCCCGAGAACGAAGGGGUAACUAGACAGUGUCAAGAAGAGCGUUGGCUAGAAGAGUCGCAAGCCUUGUCAUGGAAGAUGUUUGGAGGAUGCACGAAUUCGAAGGUGUGGGAGACGAAGAGACGUUGGAAAAUGCCGGGCCGUGAUUUCUGACGACCAUCAUGCUAGCGGGAUGUCGUACUCAGGUCAGUCCGAAUCAUCCACCCAUCACGCGCACGCACUGCAAGGGGUCCGCCUGUUCUUGGUCUCGAAAAGGCAAAAUCUAGUAUUGAGCACGUCACGCGCGUGAGAUCUCACUCAGCUACUACUAGUUCCAGCACAGAAUCCCUGACUCUCACCCUCCUCCACGCCUAACAUCCAUCAUGCCUGCGCACCUCACAACCCGCCCAGAGUACUCCCUCCUAAUCGACAGAUAUGACACAUGGAUGUUCGACUGCGACGGCGUAUUAUGGCACGGCGAUCGGUUGAUCGAAGGGGCUGUAGAGGUUUUGGAGAUCCUCCGGAAGCGAGGGAAGCGAAUUCUUUUCGUCACCAAUAACGCUAGCAAGUCGAGGAAGAGUUAUAAAGCCAAAUUUGAUGCCUUGGGUGUGCAAGCAAGUGUGGAAGAGAUAUACGGUUCAGCAUAUGCUUCUGCUGUUUACAUAUCCUCAGUCAUGAAACUUCCAAAGGAUAAAAAGGUGUAUGUGAUCGGGAUGGCAGGCAUUGAGGAGGAGCUGAGGGAAGAAGGUGUUUCUUUCAUUGGUGGAACGGACCCAGCAGAUUGCACCCUCGAACCAUUCUCCCUCUCGUCUUUCUCCCUUGACCCAGACGUCCAAGCCGUCCUCUGCGGCCUAGACCUCAGCGUGAACUAUACGAAACUGUCAAAAGCAUUCCAAUACCUCACACGAAACCCCGGCUGUCAAUUCCUAGUCACCAAUGAAGACAGCACAUUCCCAAGCGCCGAUGGUCUCUUGCCUGGAGCAGGAGCUAUCAGCGCUCCAUUACGUUAUGCACUGGAGAAAGAUCCGAUAAGUAUUGGGAAACCUGCGAAGACAAUGUUGGAUUGUAUUCAAGCCAAGGUGAAAUUCGAUCCGGAACGCACGAUCAUGAUUGGAGAUCGGUUGAAUACUGAUAUUUUGUUCGGACAAGCUGGGGGCCUGGCAACGCUCCUUGUCCUGACUGGCAUUACGUCGAAGCAAGAUAUCACCGGCCCAAACGCUUCACCCAUAGUACCCGACUACGUUACUCAUUCUAUCGGAGACCUUCGUGUUGUCGACGGACAAUAGGUUUAGUCUUCCUCAUACAUACCCACGUAGAAGGGGCUGGUACCGCAAGGGAGAUGUAGAUAUCUUGGACACGAUUUGAAUAGAAGGAACUAGAAUUGGAAUCGAAAUCGGCGCCUCAGGUGGUCUUCUGCUUCCUCGAUCGUCAUAUGCUGAUGUUCUCCUUACCUGCUAGCCACCCGAGUAUGGUGAUGGAAAGAGCCGACUGUAUGGCCAGCGAUUCCUCCAAACAGAGGCGUUGGUGGCCAGAUCUAAGUAUCAUGAGCAUUCUCAGAGCGUCUACAAAUCCUGAGAGACAAAGCUCAGGCAUGGUUCAGGUUUCAUGACAACUGUCCGAGAACAGUGUUCUCUGUGCCGGAAGACCUUACCUUUAAUGUAAUCACCGAUGGGCACCUCUUCUUCGUGGACAGGCGGCCAGAACACGACGAAUACUUGCUCGAAAUCUUUCCAAUAUCACCAAAACCCUCACAAUUAUC